GUCGCGAUCAAGAGAGCCCUAGCGGCAUGACCACUGGUCAUUGACCAGAGAGUAUAUUACUGCAUGAUGCUGCAUGACUGGGGAAGACGUGAAAACUGAAAUAAUGCCACCGUGAAGUAGGGCCUUGAGGGGCUGAGUUAGAAAAAAUACUGCGAUCCCGAUUGGAUGAACCCGUCAACUGCUGAUUCCUGCUAGGGGCAAAUUUGCAUAAAUCGCAGUAUAAUAUAAACUCCUUGGAAGAAAUCAUGGAAUCCACGUGUUCUCUUGAAGUACUCAAGCAGCAAGCGUAAAGGAAGGCAGAGCCGCAGAAGGCACUCAGCGAGCAGGUGUUUAAAAGUUAGUUGCCGGUUCCUGCGUGCUUGUGACAAGUACUCUUCGGACGGAAGUUCCAGAAUGAACAGAAAAUUUCGGGGAAAGUCACAACAUCGUGGAAACAGAAAACCUUUUCACCAUACACGAAAAGAUUUUUCCUCAAACAAAAAACAUUUUCACAAGAUAAAUGUGAACAAAGCAUCAUUUAAUAAUGGGAGAGAUGGGAGUAAAGGACAGUACUUGAGCAGGUUGAAAGAAACGGAUGUGGGAAUUACAGAAUACAUAAGUAAUCAUGAAGGUUUCAAUGGAAUAAUAAAACAGAGAUAUUCUGACUUCCAAGUGAACGAGAUAGAGGGUAAUGGUACCAUUGUUACUCUGACAAGCAUUGAACUUCCAGCAGCAAAAGUUCCCCCGGGAAAUGAAAAACUAGACCAUGAGGAACACCUUAAAUCAGUUGUAUCUGUUGAAGUGACAGAAAUGAAUAAAGAUGAUCGUAGAAAACUGCAUAGCGCUAUAAAAGCUGUAGGAAGUGGACAGUUAGUUAGCAACACAAAGGAAAAGGAAGAAAAGAAGUUUAUGGUUGUUUGUAAACAUUCUAGUAAAGUUAAAUCAGAGAGAUCCAGAUGGCCUACUGAGUAUGGAGGUGAUUACGUGUAUUUCGUUCUUCAUAAAGAGAAUUUGGACACAAUGGAGACUGUCAACUUAAUAGCUAGUAGGUUGAGGAUUAAACCUAACAUGAUAACAUAUGCUGGUACCAAAGAUCGGCGAGCAGUGACUAGUCAGAUGAUGAGUAUUUUGCGUACUGAGCCUAAAAGAUUAUUAGAUGUAAGUUCUCAAUUAUAUGGAGUGUCUGUAGGCAACUUCAGUUUCAAGUCGAAAGGUUUAAAAUUAGGUGAUCUCAAAGGAAAUCGUUUUCGGAUUGCUCUCAGAAAUGUUACUGGAAGUGAUGAUCAGAUUGAAAAGGCAAUGGCAUCCCUUUCUGAGCAAGGUUUUCUGAAUUACUAUGGUUUGCAGAGGUUUGGUAGUUCAGUUUCUGUUCCAACUCAUGCAAUUGGUAAAGCACUUUUGCUUGGAGACUGGAAAUUGGCAAUUGAAUUAAUCUUGAAACCUAGAGAAGGUGAACCAAAUCAUUCUCUGGCACGAGCAAGGAAGAUAUGGUGGGAGACUCGUGAUGCAACUAAAGCAUUAAAAGAUCUACCAAACAGGGAAAAGUUAAUUGAAGGAAAAUUAUUGAUGGGGUUAAGUCAAUGUGCUGCUAAUGAUUUUGUUAAUGCUCUAGAGAAUAUACCACGCAACACACGCUUGUUAUAUUUACAUUCCUAUCAGAGUCUUAUAUGGAAUAAAGUUGUCUCUCGACGUGUUAAAGAACUAGGUAUUAAACCCAUUGCUGGUGAUCUGGUUUUUGUAAAUGAAAACCAACUAGAAAUUGACCCUGAGCAGGAAGAGGCGGAAGAAAGUGAAAAAACAGAUCCUGCAGAUCACACAAGUAAAAAAGAUAUUGUAAGAAUUAUCACUGAAGAUGAUCUUGCAAAUGUGCUUAUUCAAGAUGUAGUAAUGCCUUUGCCUGGACAUGAGGUUGUGUAUCCCAAAAAUGUCAUGAAAGAUUGGUAUGAAGGUAUUUUGAAAGAAGAUGGACUGUCUUCAGCCAGCUUGAAGCAGACUGUUCGGAAGUAUUCAGUUGGUGGAGCAUACAGAAAGAUGAUUAUUCGUCCUGACAAUGUGAAAUGGAAAACAAUGCAUUACUCUGAGCCUUUCAAGACUCUUGAGUUAUCAGAUAAGGAGAAGAUGGAAAACAAGGAAGCACCAAAAGAUGAACCAGAUGGUACAUACAAAGCGCUUCUUUUGGACUUUUGUUUGCCUUCUUCAACAUAUGCAACAAUGGCAUUGAGAGAAAUUUUGAAGUCUGACACUUCUUCUCAGCAUCAAGCAUCACUUAAUAAUUAUCAUAUCCAGAAAGGCAAAGUCUGUGAUGAUUCAGUGGAACCCUCAGAAGAAACUGUCUACAAACCAUCUUCAAGUUCAUCUACAAAACCCACGGAAGAAACAAGAAGUGAACAAAAUGAUCCAACCAAAGAAAUUUCUGGAGAGAUUGUGUCAGUAAAUGAUGAAAAAAUAGAAAAAUCAGAGGAGGUAAUGCCAGCAGAAUCAUGUAGUAUAAGAAAGGAAAAGGACUGGGAAAAUGAAGUUGAAAUUGGAGGGGAAAGUAGAAAUGAUGAGAAUAUUAUUCGGAAAAGAGAAAUUGAUAACAAUGAUGGAGAUGUGUUAGAGAAAAAAAUGAAAUUGGAUGUAGAAGAAAAAAAAUCAACUGAAUAAUUAUAAUUAAAACUGGAUGCUGUUUUAAUUUUGUUGACGUGAUUUUUUUUAAAGUAAAAUUUCGUUUUCAAUGCCAGAUGUAGAAAAAAUGCUUAUUCUUGUACCUGAAUGGUAAGAUGUUGGAGUAAAAAUAAAUAAAUUGUAAAAAGAGAGAUUGUGACCUUUCUUUCUUGUAUUCCACAAUGUUUGUUUGUUAUUCCAUUUUGAAGGGUUUGCUUUCUGUUAGAUGUAUCCUAACGAUAUGGUGAGCCUGUCCUAUUUCAGUUAUCCAUUGCAUACAUUUGAUCCUGAUAUGUUUUGUUUGAGUUGAAAGUUUCAAAGUUCCCCUCCUAGAUAAUCAUGGUGUGUUUCACGCACAUUCUUUAAAUUAAAAAAAUAAAAAUAAAUCCUUGUCUUAGUGUUAAAAAUGUACUACUAUUUCUAUACAUCUUUGUGUGAAUACAUUCACUUUUUCUUUU